AUGGCCGACGAUUCGCUUGCCGGGGCGCAGGCCAGUGCUGCUGCUCACCACACUCGCAUCAAGCCCGUCUGCCUCCCUUCCGGCCUCACGCUCCAUCUGAUCGCUGCCGUCACGGAGCGCUGGGCACGGGCGGCCAUGGACGCCUGGUCCGGCUGCCCAGCCACGAAUCCCCGUGCCCUGCCCUCUCUCCGCGCUGUGGCUCUGCUGCCGCCGCCGGGCCAUGCGUGCGUGCGUGCAGGCCUGCUAUCCAAUGUCUGCGUCGAGAGCAGCGUAGCUGUGCUGAUGCUGCUCACGGCCAUUCUGGUCGGUAUAACACCCUACGUGUCUGUUGUCCUCACGCUGUGCCCCGACGUCGACAUUCACCCACGCCGCACUGCCCAUACCCGUCUCCAUCACCUCCCCACCCCCCCCAACAACACGCUCCUUUGCACCCAAAGCGCCCCUCGUUUGCUCGCCAGCACCACUACGCCAUUCUCCGCCCUGAGCGCCUCACGGACUGGCGGUUUCGGCGCAUUGGCCCUGGCCCUCCACAUUCUCGCUCCCUGCUCUGAUCUGCUCUGGUCUGGUCGGAGAGCCCCGCCGGCCCUCUAG